CUUAGCUCUAAUGGGUUUGAAAAUAGUGGAGUGCAAGCGUGGAACCGAAGCCCACCAAGAAAAACUCAGACCAACGGCCAUAAAGAGAAGAAAAUAGGUCAAGCGAAGUCAAUCCAUGCUUCCCACCAUUGUCAGUUACUACUACUAAGCAAGCUUAGCUCUUCCUUUCAUUACUGUUACAGUACUACAAUGAUGAGUCCCAGUGGUCCUAGCAGCAGCAACGGCAAUCCCAUGGGCACUCCCAGCAAGAACAAGUACUAUAAUGUUGAAGGCACUACAACUACUGCUAGUAAUAGUGCUACCAGUAUGGAAUCUCCGUAUCACGUCCAUGGACAGCAGCAGACUAAUACUGUGUGGAAGACGCUGCGAUGGGUGUUAUUGGGAUUUGGUAUUGGAGCGUCUAGCAUGGCGUUGUUUCAAUCGAUCAAUAUGCCCACCAUUCGGGUAGAAUUUGAAUACGAUCAAGGACCACCCGCAUUGCAUCACUAUCAGCUGCAGCAGCAGCAGCACAAAGAGGCUUUCUUUUUCACUCCAAAUACUAAUAAUAAUAAUGACAAGAUUCAAAAGCACAAACAGCAACCACAGCACAAACCGCAACCAAAGCUACAACUACAAGAAGAAGAAGAAGAAGACAAGACUGAUAGAGAGGAAGAACAAAGCACAAAUGACAAGACUCCUGAGGAAGGUCAGGAAGGUCCAGCAGAGGAACCUAAUGACAAGGAAGAAAACGAAAACUUUAUCAAUGAAGGGGAAGACGCUGCCAUUGCCAAUGAUGACAUGGAAGUAGUCAAAACAGAAGAAGAAGAAAUAGCUCACAAGACGACAAAAAAACACAAAAAGACGGCAAAACACGACAAAUUGGGAACCAUGAAACUCAUCAAGGGAGAAAUGCAAGUCGAGGAGGAUGAUCCAGAUUUUAGCAAUCCAGGUCCUCCACCCGAGUUGGAGCCAGGAGAAGCAUUUGCUGCAUGUAUUCUUAUCAAAGAUGACAAUCAUUGGUUGAUUGAGUGGUUGGCCUAUCACUGGCACACUAUGCCACUACGAUAUCUGGUUGUGGCAGUCGACCCAGACUCCAAAACAUCCCCCGUGCCUAUUCUCAAACGAUGGAAGGAUCGAAAAUUAAUGGCAAUCAGUAUUUGGAAUGAUACCAUGUUCAUGCCAAAGAAAGUCAAGGCUAAUGCUACCAUGUUCCACAAUAAUACCGAUCUCAUGAUGCACAGAGUCAGACAAAACAACUUUUACUUCAAGUGCAUGAGAACAUUCAAACAACGCAAUAGGGAAUGGCUCAUGCUCAUUGACACGGAUGAGUACAUUGUCAACAACUAUGCUUCUGGUCUAUACUACAACAUUACCAAACAUAUACCGAUCACUAAACCAGGCAAUGUACUCACAUUCAUCAAACAACAUCAUAUGCUCACCGGAGAGAAUCAUACCUGCAGCUACAUGCCCCGAUACAUGUUUGGAAUCAAGGAGAGUGAAAAUUCACUGGUACAGAAACACAUGCCCAAAGGAUUCGAUGGCAUGGAUUUCAUGACACAACGAUUCCAGUUUCGUAAUCCAAAACGAAUGCACAAUGGAAAAAAUCUCAUCAAUAUCAAGAAAUUACCACAAAUCAAAACAUACACCAGUGUGCAUCACGUGUCCAGCUACUGUCCCGAUCCAGACAAGAUGAGAUCCGUCAAUCAUGUCAAAAAGGCAUUGCUCCGAGUCCAUCAUUAUCUGGGAACCGAAGAACAGUACUUUUUCCGAACCGAUCCUCGAACGGUCAAGGAAACCAACGAUACCAAUGCAGUGCAACCACCCAAGGCAAAGAAAAAGGCAGAUGGCUCGGUGGCAGUAGCCUACUUUACUCGUGGUAUUGGACGGUACAAGAUGCUGAAUAGGGGUGCCAUCUAUCCCGAUCAAGGAGCUCGAGCAUGGAUCAAGGGAUUCAUACAAGAUGUUGGAUUGGAUUUGGCCAAGGAGUUGUUGGCUGGUGUGGGAAAAGUGGGGUACGAAUGAGGAAGGAAUGAAAGAAUGAGAUAUAGCAACAAUACGAUUCGAAUUGGCCCAACGAGAGCAGCUCGUAUGAUACGAUGCUUUUCGCCCUUGCUGGCCUGCGACUGUAAUCCAAGUUCUUCAAUAGCUGCUACGGUAUGAGCAUAAUCAAGUGAUGCAGCAGUGAUAGAAAGCAACAAUACGAUUCGAAUUUGCCAAACGAACGCAGCUCGGAUGAUACGAUGCUUUUUUGCCCUUGCUCCAUGUCAGUGUAGACCAAGUUCUUCUAUAGCUGCUAUGAGCAUAAUUGGGCUUUGGAUCAUCCAGAAGUGAUAAACGCACUUUGUAGUACGGUACGGUACGGUACGGCACGGCACGACAGGUCGAGAUGUCGCAAGGACACCAGCUGUUGGUCAAUGAGUCGAGUCUGAUUGUGAGGGAUGGGAUAAAGUGGAAGUUGGAUGAUACGUCGUGUUAACGUGCAACAUCUCAGCCUGGAGUGUCAAGAAAGCUACCAAUACCUGGCUAUGGUCUCCGCUCGACUUUCCUCGAGGUCUCAAUGCGUUUGUUGCGGGCCUUGACUCGGUCCACUCAUCUUUAAAGAGCACGAAAGCUUUUUUGUUUUGUUAAGAGCCCUACCGGGACCUGUAGCUAGCUAGCUUGUUUGGUUUUGGAGCCAACUCUGCCCAAGA